AUGCAGCCCACCUCGAAGGAGGUCAAAGUGAGGCACUGGACGUGCAAGCUGUGCGAGUACAGCAAAAACACGGAGGACAUGACUGAAUGCAAGAACUGUGGCCGUCCACGUGGCCACAAUCCAGAAAGGUAUCAGCAGCGAUUGAAGGAGAUUCGCACAUGGACGGAGGAGGACGAGCCAGAAGAAGAGGGCGGAAUCGUGGAGUAUUGCGGCCUCAUCGUAGGUCUGUUCAUCCUUCUCCUUAUCAUUGCCAUCCUGGUCUGGGCAUAUUACCAAGAUCAGAAGGAAAAGCACACCGAGACCGCGACCGUGUGCCCGCUGCCCAGCAAGUGGUGCUGUGCUAUAGAUGACGACCCCGAUGCAUCUGACGACGACUGGGCCCUGCAGGCGGCUGCACUCGAAGUGGGCUAUGAGGACGGGACAUAUCAGCUGGGCCAAGGUAGCUCCCAGAGUGCAGGGUUGCAGAGCCCUGGAAUACUUGCGGCGCGGGCGGAUGCCGCAGUCGAAGAGGGUGAGGAUCCGGGGAAUCCGGGCAAGUUGUCCGCGGCAGCUCAGCAGGACGCUGCAUCUUCCAAUUUGCCUACUGCCGGGCCUGCUGUGCCACUCCGGCCUACAGAGCUACGGGAGCUUAGUACCGAGGUCCCGCGAGAGCCUUCCUGGCCCUCGGACGGGCCUUCGUCCUGGAAGCAAGCGCAGGCCUCAACACCGACCUCCGUCUCCUCAGGAGCUCAGGCAGCUGCUGGUGAAAGCCACACAUCCGGUACCGCACAGGGCUCCCGAUCAGACAACCCAGCAUGGGAGGCUUCGCCGAGCUCCAAGGUGGAGGCGGUGGAGGUGCCUGAACCCGGCAACAAACACAAGUGCACGCCCAAGAAUCCAUUCUGGGUGCAGCCCGAGGUCAUUCAGAAGAAGCCGAGUUCUCGCAGGAGCCGCUUGGGCCACCACCAAGAAGGUUGCGAUGGCCUGAAUCACUACCUUUCUGGAGCGGGUCUGCUGCGGUGUCUCAGUGAUGUUGUCGAUGCCGGUGAUCGAAAUCACGAGAUUGAAAUUGCGGAGGAAGAGCUGACGACGGUGCAUAUAAGCAGCUGGGAGCAGCGCCUGGACUGGAGAAGCUUUCUCAGCGAGGCUGUGGCUUCAAGCCUGGCUCGACAAGCAUUCAUGAAUUUCGAUGUCGAGGCGGAGCCUCCGGCAUAUGCACGACCACCUCCGUCCUCCAAAGAGAGUUCGAAGCAACAGACCGGCAACCGGUGCGUUGCACCCAAUGGCUCGGGUGCGGUGCCCAAGAGCAAGAGGGGCGUCGAGGGUGCCGUCGUGUUCUUCACUGCGCGACGUCAUGCCGUUUGCCAGGAUGGAUGCCCAGCUGAGUCGUUGAGUCAGACAUUGCCUGUGCAGCCCAGUCAGCACAUUUCUCUUCACAGUUGUCGAAGCUGUCAACACUCAUCAUUUUGCGAGAGGCAGCUUUCACUCCGAGUUUCACCUGACGACAACCUAGACACAGAUGCCAAACACUCUUUGCACUGCUUGCCGGUCCUGGAAAGCCGCAGAGUGGGUAGCAGCCACAUGGCUUUCGGGUCCAGGAGCCUUGCGGAAUGA